GUUUUGGUCAAAAAAAUGACAUUACAAAAUUCUUUGUCACGCCAAAAACAAAUUUAAACGGAAGCAUUGUAUAAUUGAGACAGAAAAUUGUAUCUGGGGAAAAGGAAGAAAUGCCCAAUGGCGAGGUCAAGUCAACCAGGCCCAGUCCCUAUUGGCGUCAUGCAAGUCCUCCGUCGAGGACAACCACACCCAAGUUCAAUUUAUCACCGGAGCAAACCACCAAUCGAGUCGGACAGCAGCUGCUACGAACCCUGACGCAGAGCUUAGCUUCUGGCCAGGAAUCCAUGCGCUCCCGAUCUUCCUGCCCACCCACACCUCGUCGGCGCCGGCAGGCCAGUGUCUGCAGAUCGAUGGGUACUCCCGAGUCGGUGCCCCUGAUAUCGCAGGCUAAGUCCAAGGCAACAAUUCGAUUGAAGGCGGGCAUGCCGGUGAAACAUGUGCUGGGCGGAGAUCCACCCAACUCAAAGGCUCUUGGCCAGUCCAUGAUGGCCUCAGUUAAACGACGUAAUGAAUCCCCGGCGGUCAAGGCAAAAAUCAGGGAGGAGGAGCUCAAUAGGAUACCAGAGAUGGUAAGCGAGGCGUCCGUCGCCAAAGCCAGAGAAAAAGAGUUCGAAAGGAUACCUUCCAGGGUUUCCAGUUUGACCGAAGAGAACAAGCAAACAGAAGAGAAAAACAUAGAUAGUUCAAUCCCGGAAUCACAGGAGAGCGUAAUACCAGAACUGCAGUUAAAUUUUAAAAUGAUUAGCCAGCAUAAUUUACAGACUAUUAGCUCCGAGAACUCAAAGCCAAGUCUAGAGGAAGAGAAGCCCACAGUGAAUAUACCAGAAACGGAACCAAAACCACCGAAGCCAUCGAACUCGAAGAUAAUUCCCUGCUUUCGAGGGGAGUAUCCCACACGACAUCGUCCUGGUACUUGCCAAUGGUUCCAGUCCGAGCUCCCCAAUUGCGGCAAUAUCGUGACCAUCUGCGAUGAGGAGCAGCAAGUGAUGGGUGAAGCGGAAAUCGUCACCGCCUGCGAGGUCACCGAGGCACAUUUCCUGAGCCUGGAUUGUCAAGAUGAUAUCAUGAACAACGAACCGCCAGCGCUUUCGAGGUGCACUAAGUGCAAGGGCUGUCCACAGCAACAGAACGGGAAUGGGAAUUGGUUUGGACAGCAACGAUCUUGUCAUCAGCAGCCACAACCCUGCUUCCAACAGCAACAACCUUGCUUCCAGCAGCAACCAUCCAGCUUCCAGCAACAGCAACGAAAUUGUGGACGCAGUGCACCCUGUCCCAAUCCGAAACCAAGGGGAUGUCGCAAGUGUCAGGAUCAGCAGCAAUCCAGCAAAGCAUUUGCAUACAAUCUGCAGCAGUCGAUGCAGCAGCCAGUUCUUCCCCAGAUGCAGAAUAUGUAUCCUUGUCAGCAGUUACAGCAAGUGAAUGCCAGUGAUCAAAUGGAACAGCAAAUGCAGUUGCAGCCACAGAUGCAACAGCAUGGCAUCGAGGAGAACAACUAUGGCCUGACCGAAAUGCUGGCCGAGGAGCUGAGAAAGCAAAUGCUCGAGGCUCAGGCGCAGAUUGCCCAAGUGCAACUGCAGUUGAAUAGUGCCUGUGGAGCCACGAGAGUUCGACAGAUGCAUGUGCUAUCCCAGAAUGCCACUGAGGUCCCUCGUUGGGCGCCAGAAACUCAGUUCAUGGACGUUAUGGCAGAGGAACAGGACGUGGGCGAUGCUCCGCCGGAUGAAACAAUACAGCCCGUCGAAGAGGAUCAUGUAUUUGACGCGCAAUUGGAUCAGCAAUCAUUUCCAGCUAGCUUUCCGUGCCAAGCCAUUGGGUCCGCCAGGUCGGAGACGAUUUGGGCCAUGCCAUCAGCUCCUCAGUCGUCACAGCAAGAGGUGCAGUUUGGUCUGUAUCCUGUGCCACUACCGAUGCCUGGUCAGAACAACUACUUCCAGCAGAAUGCUCAACAGCUUCCUUGCCAAAUGACUCCCUUUCAGCAGCCCCAACAGCAACAAAUGACGCAUUGUCCACAGAUUCAGUCCUGUAGAGCAGGACCACCUUGCCCGCCCAAAAUGCCGCCUCCUUGCCAGCAGAAACCGCUGCAGCGAUUAUCCUGUCAGCAACAGCAGCAGCCCAUGAGAUCUGGUCAACCAGCCCAGUCCAAUAAGUGUUCUCAUACCCCACAAUUUUGUCCCAGUUGUUGUUGCCAGCGGUAUGCCCAAAUGCGAUUCAUGAUGCCCCGGUGUUGGCUGCGCUAAGGAUUUCGAAAAGUCCUAUAUUUGUGACGUAACUUACCUUGAACAGUCAAUUUAAAUGUUUCUUCAAGUUAAGAUACCUUACAAAUGACACUUUCAACAGAAGGUUGUGCAAUUCUUCCGUUUAAAAUUGAUUCAAAUGGAGGAAAUGCCU